AUCUCUCCAUAUCGAGUCUGCAUCAAUUAACAGAGAGUCGAGAACAGGUCGAUUUCUGAAUCUGCACCUCUGCUCUGACCACCAGACUCCAGCCACUUGUUUUCUGUUGUUUUGUCACACAUAAACUGGAUUAAAUUACGCAUUGCACCUUUAAGACGCUGUCCCUUGGAUUAGAGUUACGCGCACUGAGCCAAAUCUCCCUCCGGAGGGGUUUUACGCACCGUCGGUUUCCAGAGUAGGGUCUCCUUCAACGACUUUCCCCCCCUCUGUCCCUGUUCUUCUUCGCUGGUUGUGACACCGCCGGGGAGCCCUCCACGCCGCGCGACAUGGCCGAAAUGGGGAAAGGGGUCACGGCCGGGAAACUGGCCAUCAACGUCCAGAAGAGGCUCACCAGAGCGCAGGAGAAGGUGAUGCAGAAGCUUGGCAAAGCAGAUGAGACCCGAGACGCUGCCUUCGAGGAGAUGGUGUCCAACUUCAACAAGCAGAUGACAGAAGGCACCAAACUGCAGAAAGACCUGAAGGCGUACGUGUUAGCGGUGAAAACGAUGCACGAUGCGUCCCGGCGGCUGCAGGACUGUCUGGCUGAGAUGUACGAACCAGACUGGUUUGGCAAAGAGGAGAUGGACGCGCUGACAGAGGAGAUGAUAGAGAAGGAGAUGGACAAUAACUUGGAGGACACAGACACCUUGUGGUUGGACUACCACCAGAACAUCACGGACAAAUCCCUGAACUCCCUGGACUCGUACCUGACUCAGUUUCCUGACAUUAAGGCUCGUAUAGCGAAGCGCGACAGGAAGAUGGUGGACUUUGACAGCGCCCGGCAUCACUUCAGCUCCUUACAGAAAGGGAAGAAGAAGGACGAGGCCAAGAUCGCCAAGCCAGCAGCCCUGUUGGAGAAGGCGGCUCCCAGCUGGGCUCAGGGUUUGAUUUCAGCCCACCAGGUGGCUCAGACUAACCUCUCCUACAACCAGGCGGAGGAGGAGCUGGGCAAAGCUCAGAAGAUUUUUGAGGAGCUGAACGUGGAGUUGCAAGACGAGCUUCCAGCGCUGUUCGACAAUCGUGUGGGCGUCUAUGUGAACACAUUCCAGGGCCUGGCAGGUUAUCAGGAGAAGUUUCACAAGGAGAUGAGCAAGCUCAACCAGAACCUGAACGACAUCAUGACCAAACUGGAGGAGCAGCGGGAGCUAAAAAAAGGUGGCAGCGAAGCAGCAAAGACAGAGGACAGUGCCAAGAGCGAGGACGCUAACCACAGUGAAUCGGCCAGCUCACCACCACCACCACCACCACCAGCAAAGGUGGUGCAGAGGCCAGGUCCUCCCCCCUCUCGGCCUCCCCCCCGCAUGACGCCGUCCCCGGACUUCAGACAGCAGCAGCGAGUCGAAUCGACGGAGGACGAAGCGCCGCAAACGACCACACCGUCAGAGCAGGCGCCGUCAUCAGACGUAUGGCCCGCUGCAGAGUCUCAGCACGAUGACCACAGAUACCCAGAAGAGGCCCACGGUGGCUGGGACGCCGAUGGAAGCACCGCCCAGAGCUUCCCACAAGCAGAACCGGCUCAGGAGAGCUGGGACAACGAUGCGGUCCAGUCUCCUCAGAUGCACACCGAACCAGACUGGGACGAUGAUGGCGCUCAAGCGGUGCAGGGGGGCUGGGGCGACGAUGCAGUCCAGGCCCCUCAGACGCACACCGAUCCGAACUGGGACGAUGAUGGCACUCAAGCGAUGCAGGGGGGCUUGGGAGACAAUGGAGUCCACGCCCCUCAGACGUACACCGAGCCCAACUGGGAUGACUUUGGUGCCCAAGCAGUGCAGGGGGUCUGGGGAGAUGAAGGAGAGAGUGUGGUGACCAAUGGUUCGGAUGGAGACCUCCCCCCAGGAUUCAUCUACAAGGUCAAAGCGGUACAUGAAUACGCUGCCACUGACGCCGAUGAGCUGGAGCUGAAGGUGGGAGACUCUGUGCUGGUUUUGGCCUUCGACAACCCGGACGAGCAGGACGACGGCUGGCUCCUGGGUGUGCAGGAGUCUCACUGGCUGCAGAACAAGGAUAUUUCAAUCAAAGGCGUUUUCCCUGAAAACUUUACUCAGAAGGUUUGAGGUUCAAGCCCCUAAACUCUUCAGAAUUAUAGAUCAAACUGAGUUGAAACGGCAGUAAAAUGUGCAUUUACACAACAAAGUGUAUCAGUACAUGAUUCCAAAUAAGCGUUCAAAGACAAAGGACAUCUUCUCAUGAAAACAAAGUUCAUUAUAAAUUAUUAACCCAACUCCGUCUGGUCAAUGAACCGCAAUCCUGUAAAACAUGUCGGUCAAAUUGCAAAAUUAAAUUCAUUAGUAUUGUUUUAAUUCCCUUUCUUGAAUUAUUUAUAUGCAAACUAAACUCACGUCCUGAAUGUAUUGAAUGAAUGUCAAAAUGUUUUAUGUAUCGUCGGUUUUGGAAAACAAUAUGAGCUUUUCCCGGUUCCUUGCAUGAAGCAUUUGAUUGUAUUGUCAUUUCUUUUAUAACACUGUGACAUCGGGAGGCUCUGCUCCAUGAAACGUGACUCUGAUGGAAAGAAAUGCAGAUGACCCAAAGCAGAGCCCUGAGGAACGCCACAGGUAUAAACAACAUGGCCUUGCAUUAUCAAAAUCUACUACCGUUUCUUGUAGGACUUUCAAAAGGGAACAGUAGUUUUUCAUUUAUUUUACCGGCCAUUUUGAAGACAUGACUUGAAGUGUGGCUUACAUUUUCUAACAACUUUUAUUUAGAUUUUUGAAUCGUCUUUUCGUUGAUGGAAUAAACUGAUAAACCCACAAAUUACAUUGUUUGGGAUUAACACACAAGUUGGAUCGAGUCAUUAAAGGUGAAUAAAACCAA